AUGGGCAGAGGCAUUGUCUGCACUAGAACACACCACGCGAACCGCUUUCAUCCAAACCUCUACGAGCCCGGAAUGGCGACUCAGACGCUGCACGGCUCCUGCGCGUGCGGACGCAACCGCUAUGUCAUUGAGAUGCCGACACAGCAGAUCCGCCAGGCCGAGCUGCGAUACGACAAUACCUCUGCGUCACGACACCACUCAGCGAACCCCCUCACACUCUGGCUCCGCGUCCCUCUGCCAUGGUACACCUCGGCGACGUUUGCACAAUACCCCGACGAGACGCGCCUGAGCAUCAAGCGCAGCUUCGUCAACCCCUACACCUCGAAUACACGCCGCCAGUUCUGCGGAUACUGCGGCACACAACUCUCGUCAUGGAAUGAGCGGACGAGAGACGAGGCCGAGCACAUCUCCCUGACCGUCGGCAGCCUGCUCGACGAAGACCAAGACAUGCUCGGCGAACUCGGCUUCCUGCCCAGCAGCAGCGAGAGCAGCGACGACGAAGACGAGACAUCCGCCGCCGGACCCUCACGGACAAACCGCUCGCGUACAGUCGUCCGCUCAGAACCUCAAUCGCGAGGUGCGCCCUGGUUCGAAGAGAUCGUGCGCAACACCCGCCUGGGCCGCUUCAAGCAGCAGCGCGGCGGACACUCCGAGAGCGGCGUGCACGUCGAGUGGGAAGUCACCGAGUGGACCGAGGGCGACGACAACGGCGACGAGGGCAGCGCGACGCCUAGCAAGCGGAAGAUUGGCGACGUGGACGAUGCCGAGGACACCGAGAUGCGCAGCGCGUGA